AUGGUGGGGGAGGCAGUCAGGAACGGACGCAUUGAACCACUACUGGUUGGAGGUGAGCAUGUAGAACUAUCGCACCUUCAAUUUGCGGAUGAUACGAUAUUAUUUUGUCCCCCAAACACAGAGACAGUGGUGCAUUAUAAGAGACUGUUACGGUGUUUUGAGUUGAUGUCGGGGUUGAGCAUCAAUUAUGAUAAGUCAAAUAUGAUACCAGUAAACUGUGAGCAGGAGUGGGUUGAUCAGGCGUGCGGCCUCUUGGGGUGCAAGCAAGCUGUGUUACCGGUUAGGUACCUGGGAAUCUCUCUAGGUGCGAAUCCGAGGCUAGUGAAGACUUGGAAACCAGUCAUCGAUAAGGUGCAAGAAAAGCUCAGCCUAUGGAAAGCGAAGGUGUUGAAUAAAGCAGGAAAGCUUAUUCUCAUUAAGUCGGUGUUGAAUAGCCUGCCGAUAUAUUACUUAAGUCUGUACAAGAUGCCAAAGGCGGUUGCGGACAAGCUGGUUGCGUUGCAAAGGAGAUUUAUGUGGGGUAAGGGGGAUGGAAAGGAUGGUAUCCCAUUAGUUAAGUGGGAGUUGGUUCAGGCUCCGAAGAAGGCUGGGGGUUUGGGGGUUGGGGAUGCAGUGCUUUGGAACACAGCACUCUUGUUUAAGUGGUGGUGGCGGUUUUCAAAGGAGGAUUGCCCCUUAUGGAAGAAAAUUGUCUGCUCCUGUAACAAUUUGAGCCCUGAUGUCAUGUUGGUAAAUCAGAAGAUACCAGAGAAAGGCGGGCCAUGGAAGGACAUAUGA